UUGCAUACCAUUGGGCUGCUGGGCCUGGCGGCCGAAAGGGUAAGGACGCUGAUGCAUCAUUUCAACCACCAGCGUUUGCAGAAGAUACAGGGGUUGGGACCGACGGUUGGACGACGUUUGGACGAGAAAGCGUCCAAACGUCGUACAGAACGUUUAGCCACCGUCUUGCACAUUGCUGGUUGGCUGGGCGUGCAGUGCCCCAUGAGGGGCGCCUCGCUCCAAACCUUCCUUACUCUCAUCUCAUUCCAAGGUCCGCUCCAAGUUCAGUAAGACGUCGAGAACAAUGAGCACUAGUGUCAGUACUCCUAACGCUCUGUCGGAGCUGAAGGCUCUCUCCAAGAUUAUCCAGGGCUCCAUUGAUUCCAUUGAAGCAUCCCUGAUGUCAAAGAGCAUGGAGUUCCCUUCGCCUUACACCCCGAUGUCUCUAGAGUCUGAGGCGCCGCGGAUGCAGCCCGAGGUCGACAGAGCAUGCGCAGUCAUCGUUUCCGCCGCAUACCAGCUUAUCAAUUCUGUCCGUUCGCCGAGGCAAACUAUCGUAGCCGUGGGGACACAGUAUUUUCUGGCCACAUCGUUGGGCAUAGCGACAGAAGCCAACGUGGCCGAGGCCUUGAGGGAGGCCGGUCCCAAGGGAGCACAUGUCAAUGAGAUCGCACGUGCAAGCAACAUCGACCCGUCAAAGCUUGCCCGCGUGCUCCGCGUGCUCGCCACUAACCAUAUCUUCGUUGAAGUCGCACCUGACGUCUUCACGCACAAUCGCAUCUCGUCCUGUCUGGACACUGGAAAGUCAGUCAAGGAUAUCCUGGCCAACCCUGACGACAAGCAUGUCGGCACUCUCGGUAUUGCUGCAGGUAUAGGACAUAGCACGGACGAAGCUGCAAAAGCAGCGGCGUAUCUCCAAGACGUGCUGCUGGAUCCCAAGACUGCCAAGUCGCAGGAGCCAAAUGAGAUCGCUCUGAAUCUUGCCUUCAGGAUGAACCUGCCCAUAUGGGAAUGGUUUGAGCAGAAGGGUAACGAGCAUCGAAAAGUGCGUUUUUCCCUCGCAAUGGAGGGUUCUAGACAAGUGUCUCCACUCAACGCAAUACUGGACGGUUUCGACUGGAAGAAUCUCAAGCAAGACGCACUUGUCGUAGAUGUCGGUGGUGGACUUGGAGCCCAGUCUAUGACACUGGCCCAGAACUAUUCACACCUGCGCUUCGUGGUCCAGGAUCGUGAAAAAAUCAUGGAGGAUGCUGUUCAAUUCUGGGAUGACCAAUUGCCCAAUGCAUUGAAGUCUCAGAGGGUUGUCCUCCAAGUACAUGAUUUCUUCUCCCCUCAGCCGGUCAAGAACGCUUCGGUCUUCCUAUUACGCAACAUCAUCCAUGACUGGUCCGACAAGUACUGUCUCCAAAUCCUGCGCAACCUCCGCGAUGCAGCUUCACAGGACACUCGCAUUGUGAUCGUCGGCAGUCUGCUCUCGUACGCAUGUGAUGAUGACAGUCUGAAGGGUAUCCCUGGUGCCGAAUGUCCGGUUCCGCCCAGGCCUCUGCUGCCGAACAUGGGGCAUGUCGCGACCCCUUCGUACUACAUUGACAUGCUGAUGAUGGGAUGUCACAAUGGGAAGGAGCGCACGCCGAAGCAGAUAGCAGAGCUCAUGGAGCAGACUGGGUGGAAGACCGUACGGAUUUACCGAUCUCUCGGGGCUAGCAACGCCCAGGUCAUCGGUGUUCCGGUGUAAUCGAUGCUGCACCCAUCUUGUACUAUGAAUUGUUGGUGGCAUUCAAUUUCUGCCCUGAUGCAUACUUCCAGUUCUGUCUCUCUCUCUUCCGUUUGGGGUCCUGCAUCCGGUACCAGACGAGGAAGGUACUCUUGUAAUUGCACAAUAUUUCGACGCC